UCUGUCACUGCACUUCCUCUGCCAGGCAGUCACUUUCACUUCUGCACAACACUUUGUAUUAGCCUUAAAUCCGUCCAUCUGUGCUCAGGGCCUCUCUGCUCUCUCACUCCUGCUGAUCACUCUGUGUAAUCUAUGUUUUCAACUUGUCCUCCGGAAGUCUUUGUUUGACAGCCACACACCCACCCGUUCAGCUCUUCUCCUUCCCUCACUCUCCUCCUCCCUGCCUCACCACUUUCAUAGUGCAUCUUCUCUCUCAUUUGCAUUUGUUCCGCUUCCUCGUGACAAGAAACAGUUCAUGUCAAAGAGCUGUGUGAGAAAAUCAGUUGGGAGAGGAACAAACGGCCUGGAUGGCAGCACAGACAGAAGUGAGCAGUUAAACUGAGGAUGGUGCUGUUCAGUGCACAAGACUUUCUGGAAAAUUUUUGCUGAUUGAAGUGCAGAUCUGGAAGGUAAUUAAAGACCUGGCACUGGUACAUCACGACGGCAGCAGUGUUACCAUGGAGACUGGCAAGCCAGGACUCACGAGUGCUCCAGUGAACAUUAGCUCCGUUGCAGCGCAGACAGAGAAAAGGAUGGACAUUCAGGCCCCGCUGACAGCUGUUUACAUCCACACAGUGCCUGCUCUACCAGCGCAGCCUUACCCCCAGCCUCCCGCAGCUGCCCGGGAACCUGCCACACUCCAUCUGGCCAUGCCGCCGCUUUACUCCAAGGAGACGCUUCCUUUCCUGACUCUCCAUAUUGCUAGUGGGCUGCAGACUCAGCCUGGACAGAAUUUGACAGCUGCUUCUCCUGCAGCUAGACCAAAGUCUGCAGGAAAGCAUGUGUGUCCUCACUGUGGACGGGACUGUAUGAAGCCCAGUGUGCUGGAGAAGCAUCUCCGGUGCCACACUGGGGAGCGGCCAUACCCCUGCACUACUUGUGGAAUUUCUUUCAAGACUCAGAGCAACCUCUACAAACAUAAGCGUACUCAGGCUCACGCCCGUCUCUCGUCUGAGUCGGAGCAGAGCAGUCUGGGCAGUCUGGAUAGCAUGUCCGGCUCCAGAGAGACUUGUACAUCCAGUUUGUCUCUGGAUGAGCGUAGUGAGGAGUUGGGCAGAAUGGAAAAGGAUGCCACUCUACCUGCUACUGAGAUCGCCUGUCCAGCCACAACUGCAAAGGUCUUCUCUGUGAUGAAGCAUGGUUCUGUUGGGGAACAGAGUGAGCUGACCCCUGCAGGUCAUAAGAACAAAGAAGCAAAUGAAACUGCAAAGGUAACAACUGAAGGAGACAAACAGAGGAUGGAAAACAAAAAACCUCUACUGACUGCCAGUCGACAUCUUACCCUUCAGAGACAAGAAGCCACUCUGUUCUCCAAACAGUGGGAGAGCUCUGUAUCCAGAGGAAAAUCACAGAGCCAUGAGAGCACUGACUCGGGCUUCAGUGAGAGCAGUGAACACUAUCCAAGCCCCAGCAGCAUUUUACUUGAUCACAGCAUGGAUUCCCUCACUGAAUCAACCACAGAGAACCUUGAGGAAACCACCAACACACAAACACCCUCAGAACCAGGACAAGGUGGACAUGAACUCAAGCACACUGCAAGGGAGCAGGAGAAAAAGACACUCGAGGAGCAUAUAUCUAAGUUGAUUUCAGAAAAUUCAGCUGUUGUGGAGGACAAACAGUUGGAGAAUGUAAGGCCACGGAAGACAGUUCUGUCGAAGCAGGGUAGUAUCGACCUCCCCAUGCCGUACACGUACAAGGAUUCCUUUCACUUUGACAUGAGGAUCAAUAAGACUCCAAAUGUUGGGUUACAAAGAAACAAGAAGCCUGGCUUCUACUGUUCUGUGCCCACCCAGCACUCCACCACCACGGAGCAUGCCCCCUUAACCCGCAGCAACUCCCUUCCUUUCAGCGUUACCCUCCUGCAACCUGAGAGAAGCAGCCCUACCUCCGCCCAUAAGAGUGAUUAUGUAACACUCGUCCGGAGGGGAAGCUCUGGCCAGAUCAAUCCAACAGGUUUUGCUAUCAAGCCUGUGAACCAGCAGUCAUCCACCCACCGCCCACUGGUCCGGCAGACAGCCGUAGACUGCAACCACGCAACAGACGGUCUCUUCAUGAAUUCAUCUGUGGAGGAGGCGUGCACUGGCAGUCUCAGCUGCGAUGGGGAUGGUGGUGACAUUUGUGGAGAGCCAAGCAAUAGAAAGUUCCGGAGGAAGAAAGCACAGAAGUUUGCUUACAACAAGUGGUACAUGUAUGGGGGAGGAACAUUUAAGAAGCUCUACAACGCUGAGAAAGGUGGUGAUGACAGUGUUAUCAAAGGCAAGAAAUGUUCGAUGAACCAAGACCAUGAGAUUGUUCAGGGCUUACAAAAAAGACUGUCCGAUGUUCAUAAGGAGACAAGGGCAACAACAGUCUCAACAAAAAACUUCACAAGCAGCUGUGCAAUAGUGUGUCACCCAGACUGUUCUCCAACCAAAUUAUCCCUUGUCUCCACUGUGGAUUUUAAUAUUAAAACUAGCCAGCCUCAUACAUCAUACAGUCCUCUCAAGAGUCCACUCCAGAGAAAUCUGUCUUUGUCAGUACUGCCAUUACCUUUAAUUGGGUCAGUGAUUAGCCACAAAACAGACAGCAUCAGCAGAGCAGACAAUGGAAGAUUGAUUGAUGAAGUGAAACAUACUGACUCCAGCACACAGCACUGUGGAUCCCAUAUUCCCUCCGACAGGAAAAAGCAGAAAACUGAUGACAAAAUAAUUUGCCCUCUGGAGAUGGAGACUGACCCAAACACACUUACUCAUCCGCCUCCCUCUGUUGCUGGGAGUGCACCCCAGCAGGCUACAAAUCUGACUUUUAUCAACCAAAAUCUAAAACAUACUCAGUUCAAAGGAGCCCUCUUCCCACCAUGCAUAAUCAAUGCAAAUACACCGUCUGUUAGCACCUCGCCAGCCACUUCCACCCACUCAGCUGCCAAGACAAGCUUCCUGCCCAAGUACCAGCUCAAGUUACCUCAUGCUGCUGAACCUGAUUUAAAUCCUUCAUCACAUAUUGUGGCUAAACCGACAGUAACCAAUGGCCACAGUUUCACCCCUGAUCUGUUCAACACUGAGAAAACCCCAUUCUCACCUUCGAUGCAAAGCUGUGAUGUCAAAAAGACUAAUGCUUUCAGCAACACACAAAGCCAGGUCCUCUUGACUUGCACAGCCUCUACCAUUUGUCACGCCGAAACAACAAGUGUCAGUCAAAAUGUGACAUCCAGUCUUGUAGUUGUGCACAGGCAAUUUGCAGCAACCACAAUAACCACGACCUGCCUACAAGGCUUAUGCAGCACCUCAGUACAGCCAUCAAAAUCUGGAGAGAGCUCAGCACCUAUGCAGUUACCAAGACCUACUGCACCCAUGGUUGAAAACGUCCCUGCUACACCUACCGUAAGCAUAGGAAACAAUCAAACAUCUGCUGCUGCCAUUACAACUUUCUCACAAGGGCAACCCAAACCUAAUCCUCCUCUGUCACACCCACAACUCUCACUGGCAUCAGACCAGUUGAUUUCUGUAAACAGAGAAUAUGCCAGCUCAAACACUCCAAUUGUACCUUGUCAACUUGUUUCAUUUGAGCAGCCAGCUGCUCAGAACGUGUUUCAUGUUCACACGGCUGAUCUCCAGAUCUGCCUCCAGAUCAUAUCUGAUGAGCAGCUGGCUCUGAUCGAACCUCAGAUUGAGAGGCAAGCAGGAAGCACUCUCUCACAUAGAUGUGAUAUGGAAGCAGUGACACCAGAAGUGAUCCAGAGUAAAAAUCAAAGCUCAAUGGAAAGUAGCAGUGAGGGACGUGGCCAUCAACAACCAGGACAUCAAAAGGAAUUGGAGCAAAGUGAGUCUUUAGCCACAAUUACCAUGGAGAGAAUACAAUGUGGGAAGGCAGAGUCAAACGUCCACCGGACUGAACAUGGUAAUUCCGUGCAGGCCACAGUAUCCUCUGAAUCUAAGUCUCCUGAAGCACUAGGCUCAUCACAACACCCACACAAAUACAAUAAUGUAAACAUGGUCACAGAGACUCGGAGUACUACAGCCGAUGUUAUGUCAACUGCAGCUUCAGUCAAAGUCGUAAUGUCAGGAAGGAGGCAAACUUCAGAGGAGGAACAUGCCCUUUCUCUGAACCGUUGUGCUGAGGAGCAACUUUUGCCAGACAGGAGGGUCAGCCAAGGUGGAUUUGUCUUUCAAACACUCUCUGGCCAACACAAGCUCAGUAUGACCUCUCCUUCUCCUAGCACAGUAAAUCAGAAUAACACAAGAAGAGAAGUCCUGGGAAAUGAAAGCCAACACAAUCUUAAAAACGAAGGGCUGACAUGUAAUGUAGGCACAAUGCAAGCCAGGGGUGAAGCCUCUGCAUAUAAAAACAGCAUGUUAGAAAGUGGAGAAACCCAACCCCCCCUGCAGGUGGGACUCGGUCAGGCCUCUGGUACUGCAUGUGUCAGUGAACUCGCUGGCACAGUUCCUUCAUAUUCCAUCAAUAAAUGCAAGGCUCCAAGACAGCUAAAACCGCAAGCAUCCAUCUACUGCUGUAAUCCAGCUGAUUCUACAUUGUCAGAGGCUGUGAAUUCAUCUAAACAUGCAAAAAUGGGAUGUAACAUGGCCAGCCCUGUGGAUAAUUGUGUCUUUCCACAGGCAAUGACUCUAAGUGAAUCACAGGAUGUAAUCAGCUCGGCCCACUCAGAAAAACAACUGGGUCAGUUUGCUUCAGCGUCUUCUAACCUCCAAGUGGAAAGACCCAAAGACAUCCCAGCUGUGCUUUCAAGUACUGAGAGCACUACUGCAGGUUUCAUGGAAGGAGGCUGUCUGGAGGAACGUGCAUCCCAGAAGGAACCACAGAAACAUGGACAUGGAGGGAACCCUGGGCAGUCAGACAGUGCAGACUGCAGGCCAAAGCAAAGACAAGAGGCUGGACAGCCAAAGCAUCAGUGCAUGAAUGGGCAGGGCAGUGGAGGAGUGGCAGGAGAAGAUAAGAACAGAGGAAUCAAGAUAGAUGAGGAUCCAGGACAGCGGACUAAGGCCAAGUCUAACUGCACAUGUUUACAAGAUAUGACAAAAUCUGAGUGGGAGGAAGACAGAAAUUCCAAGGCGGAUUCCUUUAAAAACUCUUGGCUAUCAGAGCAGCAUCUACAGCAUCUUUCCCAGGCACACUCUGGAAUGUCUGAAUACUCUCAGCAGAGCCCUCAGCAAGCUCCAAACAUGUCUACUAACCUUAAUUUACCUACCAUCAGCAGUCAGACCAGCCUUUUCAAUUCUCCACAGCUCCCACUGGAAAUGAACAAUUUCUCACAGCAACACUGGGAAAGCAGCAUGCUUCAUAACCAACAAACACAAAUCUUAUGUGAUCCAAAUUCAAGUCACCAUAUCAAAGCACAGACUCACUUAACAGAAACACAAAAUUCUUUUUCACAAAUUGAACCCAGCCCUCAACAAACACAAACAUUUUCACACCAGGACCAAAAGCAGACUGACAUCAUGUCCAUUCAGCAAGCAAAUACUACGGCAGAUAAAAACAUCACAGCAGGAAGCUCUUGUGCUACUGCUAAGUCAACAAUAGGAAGUCACAAAAGUCUCUUGCCUGAUGUCAAAACAUCAUCUGCCACUGUCCCCAGUCAAGUCUCUUAUUCUGUACAGGUCAGUGGAGAUAAUGCUGGAUCGACACUGGACCCUCAACCAUCAAACAACAAUGUUCUGGAAAUACUUCCAUCAAAGCCUUUUGCAUAUCCAGAACCGGCUGAUUUCCAAUACACCAAGGACAAUUCACCAAAUGACUACACAAGUCAUAGCAGUAACUCUGGGAGACCUGACAUUUCCAACAAAUAUCAGUCUUUUUUCUUUUCUGGCCAGCUUCAUAACUACCGGCCAGCAGAGUGUCUGACCAGUGAAGUAAGGCCUGUGCAAAGCUGUCAGGACUACACAGAAGACACCAGCAGUAGUGACGAUGAAGGAAAGCUUAUCAUUGAGCUUUAGGUGAACAUACACAUGUGCUUGUUGGGGUUUUAAUCUGCUGUAGAUAUGUAUUUUUUCAGAGAUAAAAUUGCUCUGGUGAAAUAAAGAGAAAUAAUGUCAGUGGCUGAGUUAAGUUAGGAGGCAGAGUGAAACAACAACGUGUAAACUCAGUGUAAGUCAAAACAUGAACAAACUCAAAGGGCACUGCCAAUAAUCCACUCUUCUAUAAUAUGCAAAUCUGUAACCCUUGUAUGUCUGGAUUUAUUUCAGUUUUGUGGUUCAGCAGUUCAAUGAAUUAUCCAGUGAGCUAUUGGCUAGCUUUAGCCAACUUGGUUAAUUAGCUAAAGCAGCUUUAACGAAAUGUCCACCAUUUCACAGAAGUUUAUGCCCUGUUCUUAUUGUCUGUGAACAUAUGAUAAUUAAACGCCUGGAAUUAACAGUUACCACUUACUUGGAAGAUAGUAUGACUAUUGUUUAUGUUAGCAGCUACUGUGUUCCUUAAUAUCACUAGUUAAACAGUGGAUGGAGGUCUGCAAAGUGAAGCUAAAGCAGAAGUGCCUUAAACCUGCAUUCUCUCUAAUAGCCAGCAGGGGGUGACUCCUCUGGUUUCAGAAAGAAGUGCUGCUGCAUGUAUGAUUAUGAGAAAAUGACCCUACUUUUUACUUGAUUUAUCAUCCCAGUAAACAGUUUAUGGUCUCAGUUCAAGUUUUCUUCAAAACAGCAUAGUGUCCAUUUUGUAAGUUAUGGGCCCAUUUAGAGAAAAAUAGAUAAAGCAGGGCAUGCUUUAGGAUGUGGAUACCACAUGACUGACAAGUUCUUCCGCUGUUUAACCCAGCCGGUGAGAUUAUUUCUGCCCCAAAGAAAUAUUGUCUGACUUCCACUCUGUUCUCACCUGCUUACACACACAUAAUUUGCUGUCUGUCUUCCCACUCUCUCUCUCUCUCUCUCUCUCUCUCUCUUUCACUCUCUCUCAUGAACUGCAUUCUGUAACCUUUACAGACAACACCUGCAUGUGUGAAUCAUGCACACAUGUUGACAAAUACCCAUUAAACUGAUCUCUGCUGCCAAUCACAUCACCCAGGUGAAGAAGGCACUGGCUGGAGGGCCAUGACCUUCUUCCAAGUCUGGGUUUUGUGAUGAGUCAACAGCUAUGAAAAGGCACCAGAGCUCAUGGGAACAGGAAGUGGGUGUAUGUGAACAUCUCUGUACAUAAAUCCACAAUAACAACUCACACUGACUUGCUUGUCUAUUCUUAGUGGUCAUAAAACCUUUUUGUAGUUUUAAAUCCAGUGCAUCUGUUUUGCCAUGCUGGAUGAGUUUAUAGUGUUGUUUGCCGCAGAGGAAAGGUAAAUGUAGAAAAAUGUGCAACAGUUUACUUGGUCAAGUUACAAGCUGAUUUAAUAUUGUGUUUUCAAUCAUUUCAACAAAAGAAGGGUAAAUUAAAUCAUACUCAAAGCCA